AUGGCGGAUAUUUUAACAGAACGCGAAGUCCUUGUCGAUGUUUUGGCACUGUAUAAAGACUUUCCGUGCUUGUGGGAUACAUCACAUGAAUUGUAUUGCAACAGAGAUGCUCGUAAUCGAGCUCUACAGAUUCCUCGGGAUUGUCAUUCAAGAUUUGAUAGAAGUAUCACUGUAAAUGAUGUGAAAAAGAAAAUAGAGAAUAUGAGAGCCGCGUACAGACAAGAGAAUAAUGAAGAAAAUCGUGGAGACAAUUCAAUUGAUCAAAUAACUGAUGAUGAAAUCAGUCAGCCUGCAUCAACUAGCGAGCAACAAUUUACAAUACCAAAUCCUACUAACGCCACUCGUAAAAGAAGACUCCAGGACUUACAUUCACUUGUGUCACUCCAGCUUGGGAAUAAUAUUUUAUUCCCAAGCUGGAGAUUUAUCACAAACAAGCCUACUAAAACUCUUCUUAAAAAGCGAACUAACCUCCUGAAAACCAAACAAAAAACUAAAGAAAUGAAGAAAGAACUGAGCACACUAUUUAAAACUACAAGCAAGGCAAUAGAUAAAGACUACAAAGACCACAGAUACAAAAUAAUUGUGGAAAAUAUAUACACGCACAGAAGCACGAAAAGAGCAUACAAGGAAUUAACCACACAUAAAAGUUGGAUCCAAAACUUGCGAUCUAAAACUAAAGAAACAAAAACCAGAAUUGAUAUCAUAAACUGCGCCACAGACUAUUAUAAGCAAUUGUACACAAAACCUACUCCUUGUUUAUCAAGUAUCACCGCAACAAGCGCUGCAAUACCAAAACCGCAAAGUGUGAUCGAUUUGCCACCAGUGGAUGAGAAGGAAGUAUUUAAACAUAUCAAGAAACUCAAAACAGAUAAAAGUCCCUGCCCUGACGGCAUACAAAAUUAA